AUGGUCGAGAACAGCGAUAGCAUGCUGCGGGUAUUCUGGCCGAACAACCUUACUCGGACAACAUCACCCGGUGUAAUCGUGGGCUGGAGAAACUCCAGCUUUGACCUGUUCGUCAUCACGGUGCUCGAAGAUGUCGAGAGUCGUAGUGUGGAAUCCGCUCUUCGCGUGGGCACUCUGUUUCGCAACAGCCCCUACCCAGUUGCACGAAUCUUCCAGUUGUGUGAUCAGCCAAAUAUGCAUGUCUUGGGUACCCUGAACCAUCCGAGUCCCACAGAGACUUUUGACCCUACGAGGGUGUGCGCGUUCACGCUCUCGGGCUCCAGGAGACCCUUCAUCUACUGUCCGCCGGACGCAGCGCUGGCUGUCCAGAUCGUCCUCUUCGAUCCACCGAACCCGACGCAAAUGCAAUACAUGUCUCUCGAACCAAUCUCACUUGCCCUGGGAAAGGAUUAUUGGCCACCAAGCGAAACCGAUUAUAUGCCAGACGAAGUGGAGGUCCAGGAGGAGAAGGAGCGGCAGCGGACUGCGGAGUUGGUGGCCAAGCUUCGUUUCCACACUGUGGUUAGACAUGCGCCCACAAAGAAAGAGUUGGCACUGCCCGCAAUAGUCCGUCAGAUCAAUUGCGCUCAGGAAGUUGCCGACUUGUUGCAGAAGAAUACACCGCUCGUAGGCCCAAGAAGAAAACGGAGUCUAUCAGUCAGUGAGCGAGUCGUGGAAUCCGCGCAGUCACUUUACGCCUUUGCUGCCUGGUCGCUUUGGACAUUGUUCAUGGCAUAUGCCUUCCCAUUCUUGUUGUACAUUUUCAGGAUCGCGAUUAUCGGACACCGCAUUGUCGCCGAAGGCCUCUUGCAGAUCCUGGAAUGGCCGCUGCCCAUCAAGAAGAUUCGGCUGCCGGAAAGCCGCCGGCCCAUCAGAGGCGCUGUUGCGCUCAAGGACAUUUCCGCCUGCUGCCAACAAGUACAUCUGAGACUGCAGCAGUUCUCCUACUACCCAACACAAUAUUCUCUUCUUCGACGCCGCAAAGCCACUUGGUCGUCGUUCCCCACGACCAACAGCGACUACAUACGAUUUUACAACUCUCUUUGGCUGGUAGCAAACGAUGUCAUUAUCGGGAUCGCCCUCGGUAGCUUCAUCAGUGACAAUUCGCAAGCUACAUCGCAGCUUAUCGGUGGCGUGCUCAAUGAAUACACCAUUGAAGGGCUCAAGCGCAUGAUCAGGUGGCUCAUGUCCUACCCUGGCGGCCUGAAGCUGAACACCGAACUUGCUGCUUUCUUGGGUGACCUCUUUCUGUGGGUCAUCGAGUACUGGUCUUCAACAAUCUUCUUGCUCAUCUUGCCCAGGCUGCCGACCAUCGUCUACGUCAUUGGAUGCUCUUCUUUUGCCGGUGCGAGCAUGCCAAUCGCGAUCUUCUCCGACCUUCUCAGCCUGUUGACGAUCCACAUUUAUUCCUUCUAUGUGGCGAGCGCACGCAUCUUCAAUUGGCAACUGACCAUCAUAGUCAGCCUUUUCCACUUGUUUCGUGGCAAGAAACGGAACGUAUUGCGGAACCGAAUCGAUAAUUGCGACUACGAUCUUGAUCAGCUUCUUCUUGGGACGAUUCUGUUCACCUUGCUAUUCUUCCUUCUGCCUACGGUGGUGGUUUUCUACCUCACCUUCGCCUCGGCUCGGAUGGCCAUCAUUACUCUCAAAGCGACUCUGGAUACAUGUUUAGCGUGCCUGAACCAUUUUCCGUUAUUUGCAUUGAUGCUCAGGAUGAAGGACAGCCAGAGGUUGCCGGGUGGCAUUCAUUUCCAACUGCUGGAUACGGAGCGGUCAAAACUGCCCUUCUCCGAUGAGACAGGGCAUCAAGAAAAUCAGGGUGACACCGCUGAUGACGAUUCCAAUGAUGAAGGUGAACGAGAAAGUUUCGCGACCAGUGUAGCAUACAUCCGCCUUACCUCGACUCCGCUGGCAUUGCGCCAGAUCUUUGAGCAAUAUUUCCAGCUUUGGGCACGCAUCCACCAACACUAUCUGUCGCCCAAGGUUGUCUUCCGGCUUCUCACCGGCCGAUUUGUGCCGCCUCUGGGGCGAAGUGAAAUGUACGGAUUGCAGUAUUCAGUGCUUCCCAGAGAACGUGCGACCGUGUCUGAGGUGUGGAAGAGCUUGAACGAGAUUGAGCCAGUGGCUGCAAGUGAUGGUGUGGCCAAUGCGCGCGGGUCAAAGUCUUACCUGGGAGCACAUGGAAGAGCUAUAGGAAAGCAAUGGAAAUAA